GUACUCCAGAAAUUCUUCUAGAAGAGGAAAACUCCUCAGUGAUUAUUCUUCCUCCAAAACAACCAGGUGGUCAACUUUUGAAUUGCAGUUUAAUUAUGGGGCAAGAAUCCUGUGAACAGAUGUACAGAGAAGAUGAGUACAUGACCUGCCGUUUGCAAGACAUUCAACCAGGAGUAAUCAUCAAGACUCAAUCAUGGUGUUGCAAUGAGAAAUUUUGUGGAGAGAAGGAAACAAAGGAAUUGGCAACAAUGCCUGCCCCUGUGUUUUCUGGAUCUAUAUCAGUUAAAGAUACAACUAAUACAUCUAUAACCAUUACAUUGCCACAGAUCAUCAAGGAAGGAGAUGGUACCAGCAACUGCUUCAUUUUAGUAGAACAUGUGAUCCAAGAUGGCGAGAGAGUUCAUGACCUUCAAGCAGAAGCCAAAAUGUUAAUUGGUAGAGACAAACGGAACCAGAGAUACAAAGGUGAUGGGCCUGUUUGGAUUGCUGGCAAUAUAUCACGGACCACACAACAAUUUGAAGUGGGUGAUGGGGAAGAAUAUGGCGGAUUCAUGAACCACCCCUUGGAGGAGGGAGAAGAGUACUUCCUCGGGCUCCUUUGUGCUACAAAACUUCUAGGUAUGUGGUUUCUUUGGACUUCCAUUUUAUUUAUUGAUAUUACAUACAAAUUUACAUACAUUCUGACACAACUCACAAUUUUUAACCGGCCUUUCAACAUCAUGAUCAGUGUUAGGGUACCAGAUAAGAGAGCGCACCAAAGAUUUCAUACUACAUAUCCCUCGAUGCCCUACAUGAAAUUUCUCUAA